GUCUAGAAGAUUCAGAUCUGUUUACUAUAAUUAUUAAUAAAAAUAAACAAAACAAUGCAUUUAUCAGGUACUAGUUUAACUAAACAAAUGAACAAUUGAGAACAAAUGAAGAAUUGUUGCAUGAGAUUGUAAUUAACAGCAACAUGAUCGUAAUGAAAUGAACAAAAAGCAGCGAAAAUGUCGGACACGUUGGUGAUUACGAGUACAGAGCUGCAGCAUGAGGCUCUUCUUCAGGAGAAUGCAGGAGAACCUGGGGCGGUUGCAGACCAGAAUUACCGGGUGGCUGAACUUGUGGUGUUGGAGAACUGUAAAAAAGGCAUUGGCAUCAAGAUUGUUGGAGGUUGCAGCAUAGAUUGUGAGGAACUGUAUAGCGUCUUUAUCAAGAGGAUUCUGCCUGGGGGCUUGGCUGACUCACAAGGUGGUUUACAGCGAGGAGAUCAGAUUCUUGAAGUGAAUGGGGAAAGUCUUGAAGGUGUCACAAAUGAAAGAGCUGCCUCAAUAUUGCGUCUGGCUUGCUUCACCAACCACCUAGAGAUGGUCAUCUGUAGGGAUGAACAGGCCAUGACAGAUUUCAGGGAAGUCAUGGAGAAGAAGCAGAACAAGAGUGUUCCAGCUUCCCUCACCCCGGCCUCCGAAGCCCAGAUCCCCGCCAUUUCCUCCCACCUUGGGGACUCAGACAGUGAACACGGGCAGCUGGCCCCCAGCAGUGAUGUCAACACACCCGACAAUCAACCAAUGGAGCCCCUAGUGACCCCUACAGAUAUGAUGGGAGCAGAAGCCCAGAUCCCUAAUGGAGUGACCCCUAAACUGCCAUGGAGGGGCUUUCUACCCUCACAGUCCUCAACACCCAAUCGAAAAGUUCCAGGCCCCGUGAUGUCCCUGGCCAAUACCCUCUCCAACACAGGAAGUUCUGGUGCCCCGACAGUAGAUUUCUCUCCAGUUCCUGGCCCGGUAAUGUCCCUGGCCACUGCCCUCUCCUUCAGUUCGGUGUUCGGGGGAGAGGAACCACUAGGCUCCUCAGGGGUCGGGGAAAACUCAACCCUCUCUCGGAAACUCUCCAUAGGCCCGAAGGAGAAAGUCGAAGUGAACAAAUUGACUUCGGCCCUGGCAUAUCUAGGCCUUGAUGUUACUGCAGACAAGGAGGCCCUGAUGAGAUCCCAUCUCAAUGUUGAUUCAGCCGGCAAGGUUUUAUAUGGAGAUGUGGUUGAGGUGGUGCGCGAUGUGUUCAGAGAGGAGCUUGAAUGUCGCAGUAUGGGCACCAGUGGCUUCUUAGGGCUCGAUAGUGUCUCCAGCAUGCACCCACCACCCGAAUACAGAAGCAGAACCGAGAUGAAUGGUGGGGCGAGUGGGGGCGUGGCUACCCCUGAGGUGGAGCUAGAGGAACUAAGACAAGAAAACCUCCGACUUCAGAUGUUGUUGGAGGAGAAAGAAGAGGAGGUUCAGACCAUUAGAAAGGAGCAGCAGGAGAUGCGCAGCAAGGUCCACCUGGCCGCAAAGGCCCAGAAGGUGGCCCGAGACAUGGAACAUGAUUAUGAGGAGGUCGUCCAUCUUCUCGAGAGUGAAAUAGCCCAGCUGAAGCUGCAGCUUAACAGACAAGUGGAGAAUGACCCGGUAACACAGCGACGGUUAGCAGUGCUUACAUGUCAGCUACGCAAGGCCGAAAAUGAGAAAAGAACACUGAAAGUGGCCACUGAAAAGCUGCUGCAAUUUGCCGAGAAUGUCAAAGAUACCCUGGGUGACUCAGCAGGUGGAGCCAAAUCCCGGCCUCUGACCGGGGCUAAGUCCCCUGGUAUCCUGGGUAAACACAAACCCCCUAGCACGGCUGCCAGCAAGGCCCUGGGUGGGGAGGCUCGGGAUGUGAUCAAGUCUGUCAGGGGGCUCAUUGAUGGCCAGCCUUUGCCGUUUGGUUGGGAGGAGAACUACACAGCUGAUGGAGUCAAGUACUACAUCAACCAUUUAAAUCAGGUGACAACAUGGACUCACCCACUGUCUAACAUAUCCCAUGUUCCCCCAGCUGACACCCCCACAGAGGAGAAGAGUCCAAGUCAGGAUAAACCAAACUCAUUGUAGCAUGAUAACAUAGAUGAAGAUGCCAGUUCAAACAUACAGUUGUGCAUAACAAUCAGUUUUAUCUACCUAUGGUUGUGAAAUAUGGGGAUUUAUAUAAUCUACAUAGAGAUGAUACAUUUUAAAUUUUGCAAACUAUUAUUAUGAGAACAUGGCUGAAAAUCUAUGAUUAUUUUUUUUUUUUAAAUCACCUAGGUACAACCCUAACUUGAAUAUCGCAACAGGAACUUUAUUUUAACCAGAAGUUUCAUCUCAUAAUUAUAUUACGUCUUAAAAUAAUAUUUAUUCGUCAUGAAAAAUUCCAUUUGAGACAUAAGUAAAAGUGAGGUUAGGGAAAAAUAUAUUCAGAGAAUUUGUUAUAUGACUUUUUUUUAAUGAGUACUAUAUUGUUUCACUUCCUUUAUGUUUGGAUAUUGUUGUUCAUAUUAUUAGGGGUGCUAUGCAUCUAAAAAACACAUAAAUCUUUAAACCGAAUCAUUAAACACUCCCAACAAGAAUAUUACAUUACUGUAUUACAGUAAAUGACCCAUGUAACAUCAUACCUUAGCCUAGAGAAAUUAUUACCUAGAAAAAUGUUAUGUUACUUAAAAUCAUACAUCGUAUUCACUUUUUCUUGAAGAAAAAUGUGUUUACACUAUCUCUUUCACAACGUGUUGUGAUUAUGUAUGCAUCUAGUCCUUUUAAAUCUAUGCAUUUAUAUAGCAUUUAAUUUUAUCCCUGAAAUGUCUCGAAAUCCAUGAAUCUCGCUUAUACCGUCCAUUAUUUCUCUAUUAAUUCUAGAAAUUUUUAUUUUGUCAUACAAAAUGUAGCUAUAUUUAAGUAUACUUAAAUAUAAGGGUGCCAGCAAGAAUGUAAUAUUUCCUUCUAUAUAUUCAGGUUGUAAUUACAGUAUUGCAAGCAAAUACAAUUUACAUGAAACAUUAUAUGUGACAUGCUGUUGAUCUGUUAUACUUUAUUCAGAUAACUAUUCGAUGUAAAAGUUAUUUUUCAUUUUUUCUUUACUUCACUAUAAAUUUGGAAUAAUUUGGUUCCUAAAUCGCUGUCUUAGUGUUUGGCACCUAUGUCUCUAUACAAGCCAUUGCACAAGGUGGACCAAUAAAUAACCAACUUGGGAAAUUGGCCGUUGUAUUCAUCAGAGGUUAUCUAAACAAAUCAAUCAGAACGCUUCUGGCAAUGGCAUAGACAGAGACAUGACUGAAGACACUAAAUGCCGUUUAGUGUAGUGCCAUAGUGCCCUGUUCCUAAAAUAUGCAGGGUUUUGAUUUAAAGAAAAUAAUUUUUUUUAGAUGUUGUAACUUGUUACUUAGAAAGACAACGAAUGCUGGUAUAAAGUUUGGUAUUGUAUUGUUAUUCAUGUAGAUCAUUUUAACUCCACAAAUAUACAUAUGAUAUAACAUGUAAUUAUACAUAGGCAAACAAAUUAUUUUUAAAAUUUGUUAUGCUUUGUGUUACUAUGAAAGUUGCAAGGAAAAUGUUUUUAACUAUUUACUAUAUAAUCAAUCAUGUUACAAAACUUUACAGUUUUAUUCUACUAUAAUUAUUUUUCUAUCUAGAAAUGACUGAUUCCUUGUUGUGAAUUUAUUGCGAUAUAUUUAGUAAUUCCGUUAAUGCAGACCUACUUAUAUUACUAUUUAAUAACCACUGCCAUUUUCACUAUUCAAUAAUAUUCGUCAAAACAAAUAUAGUGGCUGCUGAAUUUGACAUUUUGUCAGUGUCCUAUCUAUGGUUUUAUUUGAGGUUUUUUCUCCAAUUUUUUUGUAUUUUUUGCCUGCGUCCUAUCUAUGCUAGCAUCCUGUACUCAGUGAUUUAUGUUAAUAAGAAUACAAAGUGGUUAAACAGUUUGAUGAAUCUUAUUUUUGUGCAGUCUUAGUGGUUCCGUACAAUGUUUUAGAGUGUUUCCUUUGCUUUUGACUACACAUUAUUGACCGUAUUUGAAUGGUAACAAGUAGGCGGAGCUUAACCGUUCAAUAAGUAGCAUAUUGAUAAAUUACAAUGUUAUUCACCUAUACCCCAUGCUAGUUAUUGAGCGUUGUCCUUGACAACAUAGUACAUAGCAGUUAUGUCACCCAUUACACUCGUUAUUGAAAUUAUAUACUCGCUUUGAAGUGCUCGUGUAUGAUAAUUCCAAUAACUUGUGUUGUGGGUGCAGUUAACUAUUGUGUGUAUACCAUGUGAUAAAUUAUGUCAUAAAUGCUACGUUGGAAGGCGACAUUUUGCUUCAAAUGAAGACUUCAAGCAAAGAUAACUUCACUAUUUGUUCACCAUUUUAAAUGAAACAGAGUGCAGUCUACAUCGCUAACGUAGCCCCGCCUUUGGUCUUUUUCUAGAGUUUGAUUUAGAGUCUAGUUUCUUUAAGCUAAGCUUUUCCUGAAACGCCACCUGAUGGAGCACAGGUUUGUCGAAGUGUUUGUGGAAACUAAUCAUAUCAUAAAACCCAAGUAAUAAGACAAAGGUGGGGCUCUUUGAAUGGCAUAGACUACCUUUGUCUCAUUUUAAAUGAUGCAGAAAAGGAAAAGUUUUCUUUGUUUUAAUACAUUCGAAGCAAAAUGUUGCCUACCAACGUAGCAUGACAUUAUUUAUCACGUGGUAUACAAAUUGACUUUUUAGUUUUUGAAAUGUCAUUUUUAAGCUGGCCAAUGAUAUUGGAAAAUGUGUUUAAUCUUUAAAUGAAUAUCUAGGAAGAUUGAAAUCACUUACCUCGAUCAUUCAUGCUCAUGUUCCUGUGCCAUUUUACGUGUACAUUAUACAUUGUGUACCAGUUACAGCAUAUCUUUUUUUAAAGCAACUGUGCACCAGAUGAUCAAUUUGCAAGAAAAAAAGAAGAUUGUCGAAAACUAAAAUAAACUUGGUAUUAAUGUGUACAAUGCAUUGAAACUUACUAACUAAAGUACUACAUAGUUUACAAUUUAUUCAAGUUUAGCAGUUAUUUCAUAUUUUUCCAUAAGAAAAGAAUACUGGGUAUGUCUACCUAGUAGAAUUCAUUCCUAAUGCUUAAUUGGCUAGUCGAUGUUAUCACGUGAUAUUACCAAGUUAGGUAGAUAACUUAAAUAUACCUCUCGUUUGGAGUAACCCUUUGUAGCACAGUGGAUACAACACUGGACUGCAAUUUUAGCGACACGGGUUCGAAACCGGUCUCCGACACAAUUUUUUUUUACAUUUUGGUACUUUUUUUACAAUUAUGAUAUCAAAUCGUAACACAUUCUAUUAAAUUAUUGUCCUGAGAUUCGUUACAGAAAAAAACUUUUUUUGGUGCCAAUCUGGUGUACAGUCCCUUUAAUAUACAGAAAAAGUAUGCGCAUAAUGAAAAAUUAAAAUUAAAGUGUAAGACUAUAGUUUUUUUUCAAAAUCCUUAUUUUAUUUUGGAUCAUUGAAAUCCAAGUCCCAUAUGUUUUACUCGUAAAAUUGUUAGUGGGCUGAUUUAUUUCUGAUAGGAAUUUUUAAGCUUGUAUUUACAACAUAUUUUUUUUAUUUCUAUUGCUUAUGUUUUUAUUUAUUUAUUCAUAAUCAGCCUUAUUAGACAUUGGUAAAUGGAGUCAUGAUUUACUGCAAUAUAUGUAUUUUCUUUAGUUUAUUUAACUUUGUUUUACAAUUUAUUAGCUUAUGAUAUUUAUGUGUUUUUUCGAUAGAAGUCUUUUGGUUGUUUUAGCUGUGUAUUAACAAGAUUAUAUAACCAUUCUUUCGAGCGUAUUAACUUUGUAUAGAAAAACAGAAAAACUUGUAAUCUCAUUAUUUAUAAUAAAGGUGCUAACAUUG